UGCGAGAAAAAAGGCGGGGAAUAUUUGAUAAAAGAUCAAGCCCCAGCUCUUGAUGCGUUUUCCUCUCUCUCUCUCUCUCUUCAAUGGCGGCAUCAUCCACCGAGGAGACCCGAUUCACGAUAGGCUGUGCUUUGUCCUCGAAGAAACAAAACACCGUCAUCAACCCCUCUCUCCUCUCCCUCGCCUCCUCUCGCGGCCUCAACCUCAUCCCCAUCGACCCCUCGAUCCCCAUCUCUUCCCAGUCCCGGCACCUCGAUGUCAUCGUCCACAAGCUCUACGAUGACGCUUGGGUCUCUAAUCUUGACGAGUUUGCGUCCGAGAACCCCUCCGUGCUGGUCAUCGAUCCUCCAGGAUUGAUCAAGAGGGUUCAGGAUAGGAUCUCGAUGGCUAGGUUUGUGGCUGAGCUGAAGGUUCCAUCGAAUCCAGAGGUUAAUUCCGAUCGCCGACUCCAGAAUCAGCACCCUUGCACCUUCGGAAUCCCCGAGCAAAUCAUUGUCCACGAUACAGCUACUCUUAAUGACCCUGCUAUUCUUGCUGGUCUGCGGUUCCCUGUCAUUGCCAAGCCCCUCGCUGCUGAUGGAAGCAGCAAAUCCCACAAGAUGGCCCUCGUCUUUAAUCACAAGGGCCUCUUGAAACAAAACCCUCCGCUCGUCUUUCAAGAGUUUGUCAACCAUGGUGGAGUUGUCUUCAAAGUUUAUGUCGCUGGAGAUUAUACAAAGUGCGUCAAGAGGAAAUCCAUACCUGAUCUCUCCGGUGAGAGAUUGGCAACAUUUGAACAAGGGGGGUUCGUGUCAUUUUCCCAGAUAUCGAACAUGACAGUGGCUGAAAAUGAGGUAGAUGUGAUGAAAAUGCCACCUGAGAACUUUGUCACUGAGAUAGCGAGAGGGUUGAGGACUGCUAUGGGAUUGAAUCUCUUCAACUUUGAUAUGAUUAGGGAUGAGAGGAUUGGGAAUCAUUACCUUAUAAUUGAUAUAAAUUACUUCCCAGGAUAUGAGAAGUUGCCAGGAUAUGAGACGAUGUUAACCGAUUUCUUAUGGAGUUUGGUUCACAAAGAGCAAGAAGAUGGUUCAGGUUCAGCUGUGGGAGGUGAUGAUGAAAAGUUGAAGCACCGCACUGGAAGUAGCGACAACGAUGAAGAAGUAGAGAAAGUGGGAUGAUGUCCUACACAUUUUGCCUCUCUCCCUUUCUUCCAUGUGCUGUAAACCAAAGUUUUCAUAAUCGUCGACAUGAUAAUAAACAGAUAUAAGUGAACAAAUAUUCAAAGCUAGUAUCCAUCUGAAACAGUCAAACAGUAAAUAUUGGUCAAAAGAAUCAGAAAUUUAUCUGAAGACACAUUUCAAUUCGUA